UUUUUUUCGUUCUCAAUUAAAUUAAAGCUCUAACAAUGUAUAAUGAAAAUAGUUAUAAAUGAAAUAUGUAAAAAGAACAAUGUGUAUACGGACACAAAUGGCAUCCGGAACGGAUUCACUAAGCGAUCCAGCUGUAUUGGCCAAUCAACGUGUGGGUAAUUCUCUAUUCACAGUUGGUUACUAUGUAACGGGUGGAUCAUUCGGUUCGCUUUAUAUUGGUACGAAUACAGAAACUGGUGAAAAAGUAGCCAUUAAAGUUGAACGAGCUGAUAUUGAUAAACCACAAUUACCAUUAGAAUAUGGAUUUUAUAAAACAUUAGGAAAUUAUAUGAUUUUCAUACCAAAAAUACAUUAUUUUGGUCCUUGUAAAAAUUAUAGUGCACUAGUAAUGGAUCUACUUGGACCAUCGUUGUUAAAAAUGAAUCAAAUUUGUGGUGGUCAUUUUGGAUUGGUUACGACAACCAAAUUAAUGAUACAAAUACUUAAUAUUUUCGAAUAUGUACAUAGUCAAGGUAUUAUUUAUCGUGAUGUUAAACCAGAUAAUUUUCUUUUUGGUCAACCCAAUACGCCAAAAUGGGCUACAGUCCAUAUGAUAGAUCUAGGAUUUUGCAAAAGAUACAUUAAUGAAGAUAAUCGUCAUAUUAGCUAUGUGGAAGGUAAAGGCGUAACUGGUACAGCACGUUAUAUUAGUGUCAAUAAUCAUGUGGGUCGUGAAUUAAGUCGACGAGAUGAUCUUGAAGCAAUACUUUAUAUGAUAAUCUUUUUACAUAAAGGCCAAUUACCAUGGCAAGGAUUAAAUGUUGCCGAUCUACGUGAACGAACCAAACAGAUCGGUAUAAUUAAAAUGACAACAUCAAGUAAAGAACUUUGUUCAAACAUGCCGAUUGAAUAUGAAAAUUUUCUUGAAUUGGUGAAAAAAAUUCGUUUCAAUGAACGACCACCUUAUCGACAGAUGAUGAACCAAUUUCGAUAUGUCUUAUUUCGUAUGGGUAUUACGGCCGAUGAUAAUUAUUAUGAUUGGGAUCAAUCACAUCAACCAAGACAUGAAAAUAAACGGCUUUAAAAUUAUAAUUUUUUUUUCAAUAUUUACAAUCUCAAAAAUUAUUG